AUGGUUCUGUCCCUGCAGGUGAGUGGAGACAGGCCAGGACUUCAAAUCCUUGCGAGUUUGCUCGCGUCGAGACUUGGGUUGGGCUCACUUGAGCAUCACCCCCUUGCAGUGCAAGUGUCCAUGGACUUCGUGGUGCGGUGCAUGCAGUGCAAGGAUCGUGUUUUGCACUCGGACAUUCGAGCGCAGUGCUUCCGUGCUGAGCACCGGAUUCCAAGCACCGCCAUAGCAAGGCUUCGACUUCGGCUCAUUUCCCUGCGUGAGUUGCGUGUGCGUGCAGUCGCCUUCUUGGACUUUGCCGGCGUUGGCCGGGGUCUCUCUGCGAUAUGCGACAUGCUUUCAAAGAAGGCACGGCUUCGCAUUGGAGUUUCUUCUCCAGCAUCUAAAGUCACGCGGCAUCCCAUACCGCUUCCCGCCGCCACCAUCGCACCGCGCGGGAAGAGCUUCUCUGUCUCAGUUUGGUGGUUGCUCUGCUGCAUAAUGCUGGCGAAACGCUUGCCUUGCUCAACUCCAGACCGCAGCUCCUUGGAAAGCUGA